AAUUCCUUGCGCCACACGUCAGACAGACUAUGUACAGAAACAUUUAAACAUCCGGGACCACUGUUCGGGAGAGUCGUCCGUGUUCUGUUCCGACGGAGAGCUGUCAGGUGCGGUCCGGUCCGGUCGGUGAACACCGCAGCGUCCCGUCAGGCGAGGAGUCACAUCGGCUGACCGCGGAUAGAAUACGAGCUCAUCCUGUCACUGGCAAAGAUGGCUCAUCUCACAACGCUUUUCAAGUAUGUGGACGAACACCAGGAUCUGUAUGUGCAGCGCCUUGCGGAUUGGGUAGCAGUCCAGAGCGUGUCUUCUUGGCCAGAGAAGCGCGGAGAGAUCAAGAAGCAGAUGGAAAUGGCCGCCAAGGACAUUGAGAAACUGGGGGGAACAGUGGAGAUGGUGGAUAUCGGCAUGCAGACGCUUCCUUCUGGAGAGGAAAUCCCUCUUCCUCCCAUUAUCCUGGGGCGUCUGGGGUCAGACCCAGGUAAGAAGACGGUGUGUAUCUACGGCCACCUUGAUGUCCAGCCAGCCCAUAUCGAUGAUGGCUGGGAUUCAGAGCCCUUCACUCUGGUGGAGAAAGAUGGUAAGCUCUAUGGAAGAGGUUCAACUGACGACAAGGGUCCAGUGUUGGCCUGGUUUAACUGCAUUGAGGCUUACCAGAAGAUCCAGCAGGAGCUUCCCAUCAACAUUAAAUUCUGCUUCGAGGGGAUGGAGGAAUCGGGAUCUGAGGGCCUGGAUGAACUGGUGUUUUCUCGAAAAGACACCUUCUUUAAAGAUGUGGACUAUGUCUGCAUCUCUGACAACUACUGGCUGGGCAAGACCAAACCCUGCAUCACCUAUGGUCUGAGAGGAAUCUGCUACUUCUACAUUGAGGUGGAGUGCUGUGAGAAGGACCUGCACUCAGGGGUGUUUGGCGGCUCUGUGCAUGAGGCUAUGACCGACCUUAUUGCACUUAUGGGUUCCCUGUUGGACCCAAAGGGGCAUAUUAUGAUUCCUGGGAUAAACGACAAUGUGGCCCUUCUGACUGAAGAAGAGAAACAGCUGUAUGAGAAAAUUGAUUUUGACUUGGAGGAGUACAGCAAAGAUGUUGGCGUUAAACAGCUGCUGCAUGACUCAAAGGAGAAAAUUCUAAUGCAUCGCUGGAGGUACCCAUCUCUUUCUCUUCAUGGUAUUGAGGGGGCUUUCUCUGAAACAGGAGCUAAGACCGUUAUCCCCCGCAAGGUCAUUGGCAAGUUUUCCAUCCGCCUCGUCCCUGACAUGGACCCCAAAGUUGUGGAGAAGCAGGUUAACAGCCAUCUGCAAAAGAAAUUUGCUGAGCUGGGAUCCCCAAACAAACUCAAAUUGUCCAUGGGCCAUGGGGCCAAGGCCUGGGUUGCUGACUUCAACCACCCGCACUACAUGGCUGGUCGAAAGGCCAUGAAGACAGUCUUUGGUGUGGAGCCUGACCUGACUCGUGAGGGUGGAAGCAUCCCCGUUACCCUGACCUUCCAGGAGGCCACAGGGAAAAACGUCAUGCUGCUUCCUGUUGGGUCCUCUGAUGAUGGAGCUCACUCCCAGAAUGAGAAAAUCAACAGAUCCAACUACAUUCAAGGAACCAAGAUGCUGGCUGCAUACUUCCAUGAAGUUUCCCAGCUGGAAUAAAGUGAAUUCUCAUGAUGAAAAAUGUAAAAUAAUCUCCUUCUCCAGAAUCAGAGCCUUUACAGUAUUAUUGACCUUCUACAGUAAAUGUUUUAUACACACUGCCUCCUUAUAAUAAAAGUGUUUUUCUUUGUCA